UAGUGGAAUGGGUAAACGGGUUUCCAUUCAGUGCGGAAUGACAAUAUGGCUGCGCUCGCGGAUGGGUUUUCUCUUGCCAAAUUAUCAGAAGAAUCCGCUCUAAUUGGGGUAGAAAGGGGAGAAAAACCCAAUGCAGUGAUAAUAACAUCGAAGACCGGUUUCAUUAAUGAAUAUAAGUUGUCUGACCAGAAGCUGACCAGGAGUUGGUCACUGCGACAUGGCAUCCAAAUCACCUGUCCUACAGUAUGGAGCCCCACCAAAGAGGAGUAUCUCACAGUUCAGAACAAACAGCAAUUGAAGUCAUGGACCUCAGAUUCAACAAAUUUUGAUAAAGCAAAGAAAAAACAUAUCAGUACUGGCAUCUUGCGGAUCCUGGUAGAGGCGGACUUCUACCCUAUCGUGGUGUGUGAGAAUGGCUGUGUUGACUUCCAGGCUAACAUCAAGGAUAGCUGCGCGAUACGGGGACGCUGGCCAAGGGGGAAGUCAUCUUAUGGUGCCAGUCCUAUGUCUCUGCUGGCAGUGUGUGUGUCGUUCUGGUCACUAAGACACAGGAUGAGCUAGUGAGCGUCCACCGUCACACCUAUCUGUCUGAUGCGGAGUGCUGGAGCCUGAAGACCACGCCCCUGUCCCUGUCGGCCAACACCCUACUCAGCUGUUGCCUCUCCCUGAAGGCAGAACCCAGUCUCCUGUCACUGUGGCAAGAUGGCCGACUGAUGGACCUGCCACUGGCUGGGUCGUCCAACAUUGAUGACAAUCAGGAGGUGGCAACCAUCUCCGGUGUUCAGGCAGGCUCCUGCAUGAUCUACCUGGACCACACCCACAUUGCCGUGGCUGGCAUCAAGAACAACACCACAGUGGGACUUGGUAUCUACAAUGUGAAAUUCCAGGCUAUGCAGUCUUGGCAACCAUUCCCAGAACCAAUGCUGACAAGUCCUAAGCUGUUCUGUCAUUAUGGCCACUUAUUCCUUGCCUGCAACAAAACGCUGUAUGCCUUCCCUUAUAAGUGUGAGCCAUCAACAGUUGCUAGGUUACUGGGUCAGAGGGACAAGGUCAAGGACACUGGAAAGGUCACCAGCUUGACUGAUGGUGUUGUCAGUUGGUCCACCAAUCAGAAGCCAGCUCAGAAGGGGCCUGGUAAUUGGAAGAUUGAGAAUCUGUUCACAAGUCUUAUCGACAAGACAAAGACAAAGUCGAGGGAGAAGUUUGAGAAUGAGUUCAGAAAGCUGGUGGAACUGUUGUCCCAGCCAGUCAACCGGCAGUGGAUCCUCAGCUCUCACAUGUCCCAGCUGUGUCAGACAUGUUUCUCACACACAGCCUUCUGGCCUCGAGCUGAGAUACAGCAGCUCAUAGAACACAGGCUCAUCUCUAACAGUGACCAGCCCGCCCUGUACCAAGCUCUCGCUGACCACAAGGACAUCCUGCUGAUGCAUCAGUCCUUCAGUGUCAUGCCAGACGUGGCCGAAGACUCUCUUGUCAAAAGCCUCUCUUGUUACCUGGAUAUAUCAGAUGAAGAAUGUACAGAAGAAUGUAACAGCAUCGCCAUCGCUGAUGACAUGUUGGAGAUAUCCGAGGACAUGACAUGCCCCAUCUGCAGCUCCAAGGCUGUACUACUUAACCGUCUCUUCUGUCUGCCAUUUAAUGAUGUGUUUUUGGUGGACUCUCUCAGGAAACUGCCUUUUUAAGAAUGUUUUGACAGCUGGACUAUCUGUACUACCUCCUGAAGGUGCUUCCUAUGGCAGGCGAGCACAGGACUGGUGUCCCAGCUCUCAGCAAGGUCAUUGAUUGGAUAUCACUGUUGAUUGAUGCACAUGUCACACAACUGAUUGUCUCCCCUGAUGCCAGAAUGUUGCUAGGCAACCUCCAUGAAGCUGUUGGAGAUCAGGUGGAGUUCUGCAACCAACUGGCCACCCUGGAAGCAGUCCUGUCCCAGUUCAAGAAGAAAUGUACACCUGUCACUCAACAGAAAGUGGGAUCCUAUUGCAUUGAAGUCCUGCAUGUCAGAUAGCACAAAUAAACAAUCUUGUAUAUA